AUGGCGAGUUGUGCAACAACGAAGACAGCUGCUGUUAAAUCCUUUGCUGUGUUCGUCACCUUUUCUGUGCUUCAGAGAUGUUCAUCUUCAUCUCCUGGAUCCGUUUGGGAAGGCAACAGUCACAUCGCUCGGCAGUUUGGCUUUCCAUUCCCAUUUCCACUCCCGAAAUUUAAUUUCUCAGACGUCUCUGAAGAGUGCCAAGCUAUCGUCCAGAAACUUUCAUCGUUCAGUUCGCCGCUAUCCUAUAGUUGUGAGUAUGGCGCGUCUAAUUUCCAACUUUUCUGUUAGGAAUCUCGAAUAUUAGCCUUAAUAGUUGCGUGACGACAAAAUGACCAACUUAACUCCCCUUAUAAACUUUGCCUAACCUUUUUUUCUGCACGAACCGCAAUUACCGUCCAGUUCUAUCUUUAGCAUGAUGUCAUGUGAACCAGUUUUGAUACUAGAUGUCAGGUGAUCAAGAAAUCGUGAUAUCUUUUUUUUACCUUUAUCUCACGGCCAAAGAGGAAACUGAUCGCUGAAUACUUCUCUUGGUCUCAAUGUUCUCUGAUCCCUUUAAGGUCGAUUAAACACUAUGGAUAAUUUCGGUAGCUCGAUUGAAUUUAAUUUUAUACCUGAGUAAAGGAACAACGUAUUUGCGUACGGUGGUUUCUGUCAACUUCUUAAAGGGUCAACUCUCUAAGGUGACGACUAUAAAUAAAUUGUAGCAGUUUAACUACCCCUGAGGUUUGUGCAACGUACUACACCGUCUGGUAGAAUCCGCUAUCGACCGCCUGUACUCCAGACGAUCCGUUCGAAUUUCGUCGAUAGUCUCACAGAGUAUGACUUUCAAAUAUUGAGAGACGAACUUGGGUAAAAUUUCCGCACAGCCCCAUACUAUUGUAAAACAAAUAUGUUUUCCCAAUGGCAAUCUAUUGUUUUUGUCAUUGUUUUCUCUACCCAAGAACUGAAUGCAUAAUGUAGUAUGGGGCUGUGCGGAAAUUUUACCCGAACUUGAGUCAUUGUUUUAAGAGUAUUUCGAUUGAGAGAUAACACUCUUAGACUGCGAGUAGCAAACUGGCACUCUUAGAAUGAAUAGUAGUUCAGCUGAUGGUUUUGUCACUAAAUACAGUCGAUUCUCGCCUUGCGGACACCUCACUAUUACGGACACCCCGCCAUUGUGGACAAGAGCCAGCCCCCUGGCGAAACACUGAUUGCAACUGCUAAUUAUGUGUGGGAAUGGGAGACAGAUAAACCAGUACUGUGUUCAGGUUUUUUAGACAAAAAUUGAUAGAUUGUUUAAUUUUUUGAGUCUUUCAUCUGCAACUAUUUUACAUUUUUUUAUAUUGCAAGAAGUUUAUCUUGGCUGUUGCAUCAUUGGCUGGUCUUAUUGCAUUGUCUCAGUUGAGUUAUGGUGUUCUAAAUGGUAAUAAUGGUUAUUGUGGUAAAGUCAAUCAUUUUGAUAACUACAUUACUAUACAUUGAUAGUUAAAAUACUAGUAGUACAUAUCAACUUACAAUAGCUGGUGGCUGUCUAUUUACUUCAGAUUUGGAUGCUAUUGGUAAACCUCAAAGUGGACUUUUUCUGGGUAACACUGGUUGGUUAGGAUCUUACAGUGAGUGUACUGAAAGUAUUCCUGAUGCCCACUAUUGUUUGGCCUAUGUGGCUUUUCCCCAGCCUCCCCUAACUAUUACUGAGGUUAGUAGUAUAUAAAUUUUAACACAAUGUUAAAUUAUGAAUUAAAAAUAUUAGAUUGAGUUCUUACAAAACAUUUUAAAUCUAUUGUAUUAUAAUAACUAAAGAAACUUAUUUACCUUUUCUGCUAAAUCAGGGGAUUGUCAGUUGAUCCAAUACCAAAUGCUCAGAACUUACAUUAGAAGAAUUGUAUUGCAGACAGUAAGCAGCAUUUCUAAUGAGAACUGGGAGUGAAAGGUUUUAAGUAAAGAUAGAAUACUGAGCACAUCUGAAGUAAAAUAAACAACUCAGGCCUUUGAGAAUCAACAAUUAAGGAUUUAUCCAAUAUCCGGUGGUUAAUAAACCCUGUAGGAUGUAAUGAGUGAGCUUAGAUGGUACAUAACUGUGCAUGCAGUCAUCAUUUGUCUUUGUUACCUGACUAGUCUAUUCCUGUGCGCUGGGGUAUUUGUGCUCCAAAACAAUGCAGUGAAAAGGAUGUUACAGCAGGACUGCAAGAUAUGUUGACAGGUGUGUACAAUCACAAUUUUUAUACUUAGUCUAGUAAGGUAGUAUUCCCAAGAUAGUACAAGUCAGGUGAAAGCUGGAAUGUCAGAAUUUUUGAGUAGUUAAGUCUUGGUUUUAUUAUUUUUUUUUAUUUCCACAUAGGAAUCAAUAAGUAUAUGAAUAGGACAGAGGUAGAAUUAAGGCCUCAGAAAGGAUAUGGACUGCCACCAAGCGGCAAAGCUGUUUACUGUCAGAAGAAAUCAGAAUACACAACUGGAGUAAUACUUACUCUGUAAGUACAUGCAAGAAUUUUUAUUGAGUCAUUUUCAUUUAAUAAAAAAAAAUAACUCUAUGUUAGUGUAUAGAGUGGUAUGUUGUAAGCACCAAUCACAUUGCUGCAUUUGGGUAUGUAUCUUGCACCAAUCAGAUUGCUGCAUUAGGGUAUGUAUCUUGCACCAAUUAUAUCACAGCAUUUAGAUAUCUCACACCAGUCACAGCAUUUAGGGUAUGUAUCUCAUGUCAAUCAUAUCACAGCUUUUUUGCAAAUGAUGUCAUGGAAUCAAGGGGCUGUGCACAAAGAAUGACAUAAACCAUAAAUUUUGGGCUAAUAUUGAUAAGUGUAGUGGUUUGUGUCCUUUACGAGAGCCUUGACAGUUGAGGUUGAGAUUUACCGGGGUAUGAAAGGUUGGCGUAUAACUUUUUGUAUCAUUUUAAAGUUAAAACGUGUUUUUUCUGCUCCUUUACACGCAACUCACAUGCUUAUCAACUUACAUUCCAUCACGCACUAUGAAAACAACAUCCAAAAUCUAAUCAGAACAUACCAAAUCACUACAUAACCAUUUGGCAAUUUUUUAUGUGCUUGAAUUGUAUUCCACCGAUCAAAUUCUAUUUUACCAAAUUAGACUUCUGCUCCAUCAUGUGUCAUUUCCUUGUAAACAACCUGCAUUUAAUCAGGUAUUAUAACCACAUUGUCCAACCCCAUUGAAAAAAAUUUUCAUGGAACAAAAUGCUACUGAUGGUAUAUUUUCCAAGCAAUUCUCCCAUGUUUUGACUUACUAAUAAAAUUGCCUUUUAGCUACCUUGGACUCAACCAACUAGUGUGUUAAUUCCUUGUAAACAACCUGCAUUUAUCACAUAUUUCUCACACAUACAGGGCAAAGUCCAGAUAGAUAAAAACCAAUCAAGAAGCCCUCUUUGAAAUAUUAUCCUUUUCUCUUGUUCAAUGUAUCUUCACUUAUUGGAGAUCACAGCAUAUCCUUGGUUAGGGUAUAUUGGAAAUACAACAAAGUUUCAGUUUGCUUUUUGUUUUGAAAAUUAUGUAGAAUUAUAUUUUUGAGGCAACUAAUGGUAGACGAAUAAUUUUUGUUUUCUCUCUGUUGGAGGAACGGUAGUUAGCUUAGUUUCUUUCACAACCAUUAUUUGGUCUCAUCAUGCAAUACACUCUCCCAAUGGGGAAUAUAUGGUGUUGUGUGACAAGACCAAAUAACGGCUGUGAGGGAAACAACAGUAAGUGUGGCACCUAUGCAUUUUAUUUUUGUUUAAAAGUAUGUAGACAAUAGACCACAAAAUACCUGUGUGAAUGCAGAUAAAUUAGGUUUCUUUCCUUUUGUUUCUCUUAAGGUGAUUGAAGUAAUACUACAUAUUCAUCCAUUUAAAAGUUAAGGUCUUUUUCUGUUACAAAAAUGAAAACAUCAGGUACACAAAGAGUCCGAUCUCAACCUGCUCAGCCAAAAAAAUAAUUCUUGCAUGCCACACGCCUAUGUUUACAAUUGCUUUUAAUACUUGCAUACAAAUCAAACUUGAAUAUGUUUUAAACCCUUAACUCCCAAGAUCUGAUUGUAAAUUCUUCCUUGCUAGCUGCAACACAUUUCCUUAACAAGGUGAAGAUAACUUUAGUUUGAUAAGUUUGAUUAUUCACGACGGAUCAAUAUCAGCAUCUGGGCAACUGCCCACCUACCCCUCCCCUAACCCAACAUUAACCCUAACUUGUUAUCAACUGACUGUUGUUGGGUGGGGGGGGGGGAUAGGUGGGUAGUUGCUCAGAUACUGAUAUUGAUCCAUCACAUCACCUGUUUGGUGGAUGAUGUUCAGAUAGUAAAGGGAGAAGUUACAUGCCAAUCACUUCUAGGCUGUGAAGAAUAAAUGCAUGUGUAUGUACUCUUUCCUAAUAUUCAAAUUACAACCAAUGUUUUGCAUUUUUUUUGAAACACAGAGAAUAGUUAUUGUUCAGGUAUUAAUUUACAAACAAAAGGGUUUGAAAAUAAUUUGCAUGUAAUCAAACACUUUAAUCAGAUGCCAUGUAGUUUUCAAGAUAAUUAAAACAUCAUUAUUCUUAUUAUUAAUAAUUUUAAUAACUGUUCACAGGAUCUUGUGUGGUCUAAUCCUGUCUCUCUGUCUUGUUGGAACACUUUGCGACAUUUUUAUAAGCUUUUCGAAGAAACCCUCCGCACCUGUCAACAAAAGCAAUGGCUUCAUGCCAAUCAGAGAUGACUCCCUGGUAACACUUGAAGGUGAUGUUCCUGAUUCAUUCACAGGAAGUGGCACGCAUAGCAGUGACACCACGCAAUUUUUGAACCCAUCCCCUGAAGUGGCAAUAAGUGCAUCUUCCAGGCUUUCAAGUUUUCCCCAGAAGAAAGAUGACCCAAGUAAGUAGGGGGCCCUGAUGUUUAAAGAACGGAUAACGCUAUCUAACGGAUGAAUCGCUUUUCAUCGGAUCAUACUGCGCUAUCCAUAAUAUAUAGAUAUCUUUAUCCAGUAGAUAGCGUGUUCUUCCCUUCGAAGAAGUGAGCCUGUCGAUCAAUUUAUUCCUAAGGAUGGGUCUGCCAUGGCAGUACUUCCUUAUUUGUGAGUGCAGCUCUAACCGUAUUUUUCUUUUUACGAACUUCUUUGCCGUUGAAUUUGAACAGAAGUCCUCGAAGUAGGAUUUUCAAAAGGCAAGAACCUCUGUUUGGCUCUUCAAAAUUGCAGAUAGAGUCGUAGUUGAAAACAAAAAGAUCAAUUGCACGAUCCAGGGAUGCAAUAAGUACUAGCCGCACAAGAACACAAUUUGCGAGUUCACCAUUAUCACGUAUCACGUUCAAACUUAACUCUCCAAGAUAAAAAAAGAAAUAAUAAUACAUUCAACAAACCUAAAUUUUUGAAUAAAACCCGAGAAUUAUAUUUUUUGCGAAUUUUAGCAUCCACUUUAAUGGCGUAACGCGUAACAUGGCGUCCAUUGCUCACAAACGUUCGCUUGGGCCAUUACUGGUAGGUUUUUUUUUCUUCUGAUCGUCUAGGUCUCGGGCGUCGUUGCUCGCACAUCGAACAUGUUUGCUUCUUCUUCAGUUUUUGUUCAUAUUUUUUAGCGAAGUUCAGGCAGCCCUGGUCGGUUUCAGAUUUUCUUCACAUUGUGGAAUUUUUGCUACUCAGAUACGCUAAUUUAUUAAUGACGGGGAAGAUAGGGGUCAGAUAUGUAACGAGGGUCCACUGAUCAAGAAACUAGAACAAUGCAAAUACUUUCGGUUUACCGUGCACUGGAACCACUCCUCAAGAGUCGUUGAUGAAAUAAAUUCAAUCCUUAUUUCUUCUUUCUCUGUUACAUUCCCAUAGAUGUAGUGGUGCAGUUUUUUCUGUGUUUCUCAUUAAUUAAAAACACAAGCCGUAUUAUGGACACCAAAGUCCCUGCCAGUGCCAUCACGUCGAUCAAUGGAAUGAGAGUGAUGAGUAUGUGGUGGGUGAUCCUGGGACAUGUCUAUGGGUUUCAAACUGUAUCAACUAUGAGUAAGUAUUGUUCACUUCAUAAAGCAAUUUUUGAUCGACUGUUGACAAUUGUAUGGGUUUGGUUUUGCUCUACUUCGCCGUGAUUUUGUAAAAAAUUCGUUUAAUUUCUCAACCAAACAGAUUCAAAAUGAAAACUAAUCUUGAGUAGGAAAAAUAAGAAAGAUGAUAUGUUUUUAAGCUCGGUAAAGAAAUAGAGGAAGAAAAACGUGGAUUUUAUUGUCCUUUCUACUGACUCGCAGUUGUGAUUUCUUUGGUUUUGUUUUUUCCGCACUCUAUCGAGCUUACAAUUGGCGGAGCCAUGAAAAUAAGCGGCGAAGCUGCAAAUGAUCUAGGACGGAAAAUUGUAAGCCUCGCCGCUUGUUGCUGUGAAGCGCACAAUAAAACCGCCAGUUAGAAUACAAUAAAAUCGCUAGAAUUGGAGUCUCUCCUUGUCUUUUUCCUUUAUUGUUUUCUAUUUGAUUCACCUGCGAAUGGCAUAUUUCAAGCUAGGUCUUUCCACGGGUACGAAGUACCGUACAUCAUUCGUAUUUCUCUCUCUUUUUUUUUUUUUAAUCUGUAGGUAACUUCCUCCUCCUGCUCCAAAUCAUACAACGAUUUACGUUUGAAGCUAUUGGCAAUGCUACCUUUUCGGUGGACAGUUUCUUCUUCCUGAGGUAUGUAGUAGACGGCUACCUUAUUUAGUUUAUGGUGUAAUUUUUGUAUUUAUUUCUUUCUAAGGGAGAUGUUCAUAAUGCAUAGGGGUUAUCAAGACACUUCACAAGGCUGCCCUUCGCAAUUUUUUAUUUAUUUCUACUCUUUUAAUACAUCAGUAUAAUUGCAAGUCUAUGAGAUCUGUGGUUUGUUGUCGCCCAAUCCUAAUGAAGGAGUCGUUUCCCUAACGUUGUUAAAGGCCACUCUUUACCGGUAGAGGAUACUUCUUAUCAUCGGCAAUUUGCGAUGGUAUUAUGCAGAAGGGUGUUUUAGUUAUUAUUGAGUACUUACAUCUCAUGUAUUAAAUAGAGAAUAAUACACGGGCGCACGUAGAUAUGGAAUUUCUCUUUCAGUGUUCAACUCGGUAGCUCACGAGUGAGCACAGCGAAUUCCACAUCUAAAAGCAACAGUGUAUUAUUUUGUUUAGUGUAUAAACAAAAUACGUUUUUAUUAAUAAGAAACUCGACUUAAUGAAGGAAUGAAUGAAUGGAUCCACAAUCUGCGAAAAAAGGUCGUUGACUGCGUAGGCGCGACAAGAUUCAAGAUGAAUGAAAUGCGCGGAAUCAUAACAAAACCAAGCUGUGGGCACAACUUUCAAUUCACCGAAUUCUCAGUUAUCGACUUUUUCCGUACUAACAGAAGAAAUCUGCUCGGUUACAGGGCAAAAAUAGGCGGAAAAUGCCAUUGCCAAAGCCAAGCAAAACUCGGUUUUUCUAUUAUUUUGGUUUUCUUCCGCUUCUGGGAAAAUUUUUACGUCAUCUUUUGUAAGCGAUACGAAUUAUUCAGUGUUGUUAGCAGCCAUUAUCCGAGAAAAUUUCGAUAAACGACGUCAGAUGGAGAAUGGUGAAGGCUCUGUCAUUCAUUCAUUAACCUGACAGAUUGGCGCAAAAGGUAAGUUACGUGUCAGCAGCUGAUUGUCGGUGUCAAACUCGUGGAAAAUUGUCGUAAUUUUACGCGUGUGCUGUUACGGCUUCUUUCAGAAAAAGAACUUCUUAAUUGUAAAACACAGCAGUUUAUGUAAUUAACCUUUUUUUUCACAGUGGUCUCCUGGUUUCGUAUUUGUCUUUGCGUCACAUGGAAAAGAAAAAUGGACAGCUGCCACUUUUUAAGUACUACUUCCAUCGUUUUUGGAGGUAAGUCUUUUCCUCGCUUGACAAUUUUUAAAUUCGUCAUCGUUAAGUCCACAGGUUGAAACAACUCCAGACUUAUUAUCUCUCUUACUCUAUUUACAAACCUCAAAGAUCUUCGUGAUAUGUUGCGCAAUAAACCAAGUCGAUGGCUGUAGAGGAGAUUACCAACAGGCUGAGUUUCAGUAGUUAGGAGCCACAUAGAAAGACAGUUAUAAUUGCUUUUGUCUAUAAUUGUAGUUAUGACUAAAGCAGAAGUUAUUUGUGACGUGCGGCGUUGUGGUUUUGCGUAUGCGGGCAAGUUACUGAGAUAUUUCAAAAUAGUGGCGUCCGUACUUGGAUUCGAAGGACAUUUGCAGAUAAUUUUCCAGCGCUUAGGUUGGAACCUCAGAACUGCCAUAAUUGUUAAAUUUUCGUUCACCCUCCUAAUGGCUGGGAUAGAAACAAUUUUUCAAUGGUUUAUGAAGCUUUUUUUACGUUUAAAUAAUUUUCAUUCAGGUAGACAUUGGUAAUGUGCCCUCCCUAGGUCAGUGCCUGAUGCAUUGUGAUAGUUUUUUACUACAAGUUUGGGUUGUGAUCCUCGUAUAACGGAUUUUUUCAUAUCUUUCCCCAGAUUAACUCCAGCUUACAUGUUCGUAUUGUUGUUUUACGACAAACUGAAUGGAUUUCUUGGUGACGGCCCUCUUUGGUAUCAAGCACAGGCAAAGAACCCGUGCGACAAGUAUUGGUGGACCAACUUACUCUACAUUAACAACUUCUAUCCAACUAGCAUGAAUGCAUCGGUGAGAAUUUUCCCUAAGUAUUAACAUUAGAGGGUGACAAAGUAUUUAUACGUGACACGCGAUUAAGGCUGAAACGGGUGAUGUGUGAAUUGUGCAGAUAGGCGAGCGUAAUUCUUGCAUUAUGAACCAGUGUGUCCGGCGAAAACCUCCACUAAAGGAAGAUUGGAAGUCCUCCUUUUAUACAUGUGAUGCGUGAGACUGAAUCAGGAGUUCAGGACUUCCCUCCUGCCUUUGCUUCCCUUACGUCAGUCAGAGCAAUUUUUUGGGCAUUUCAACGCGAUGUCCUGCAACAUUGUUAAAUCGUGAAGAAGCUGAUUAAACGCGCGUAACAUCUUGCAACGUCCAAAAAUGUUGCAACAAAACUUUGACCAUUUUCAACUUGGUCCAAAACCAUCCAACAUGUCACAACGUGUUGCUACAGGGUGGCCAAAAGUGUGCAACACAUUGCUCGCAACAAUGUUGCAAGAUUUUGCGUUGAAAUGUAGCGUGCUUUUGGCCAGGCCUUAAGGCAGCGUCGAGGACCUUCUGCCUGUUUUUAAAUGUGGCCAGAAGAAUUGUGGCCAGAACUGCAGUUUUUUGAGUACUCUAAAUGGAUGUACGAUGUUUUCCUCUGUAAGUUUUUUGUAUGUGUCCAAUGGAAUUGUGGCCAUAACUGCCGAUGUUUUUCUCUACAGUGCUUUGGUUGGGCCUGGUACUUAGCGAAUGACAUGCAGUUUCACAUCAUUGCUCCCGCUAUACUCUUCGUAGCGUACAGGUAUGAAUUGAAGAGAGAGUACAUCUGUUACUGAAAAGAAAAGCUCGUAUAAAUGAUGGAGCUGACAUUUACGGCCGGUCUCUCGCAAAAGCUCCUGUGUCUGAGGAAUAAGUCUACUUUCUCCAGGCGGGUAUCAUUUUCCUCCACAUCCUCGUCUUCGCAAAUUAUACCUUUCACUUCCUUCAACCGUUGUAAAUGUUUUCUCUGGAAGUUUACGAAAAUCUAAAGACAGUAAAAUGCAAUGACAUUUUAUUAAUUUUUGACUAGAUGAGAUGAACCUCUCCGUUAGCUGAAAAGUAAAUGUUGAAUUACAGGAAAAAAUGGGGAAAAACUAAUUUAAUGUUUUCCUUGGAAAUACUUUUUCUUCUAUGCAAAAGACUUCAUUCUCUAUGGAUUAGGAAAUCUAAACCAGGGCUUAGUCAUCUUCUGUUCUUGUUUGUUUCUUCUCAGGUUUCGUCUUCGAGGAUUGAUUGUGAUUGUUGGGUUCUUACUGAGCAUCAGUUUCGUCACCACAGCUGUGAUAUAUGCACAUUACAACAUUGCUGCCGUUAUGCUUAGUAAAGCAGCUCAGGAAGAAACGUGAGAACUCCCUCUUUUGUCUGCUCUUUCACCUUUGCACUUGUGAGUUGUAUUUUAAUGUAUCGUUUUGAAAAGUCACGUGGAAAAAUCACCAACCUUGAUUGGUUGACUCAGUUAGUAUCUGCUGCAAAUAAAGGGGGUAAGUUUCUCAAGAAACUUAGGUGUGGCGUCGAAGGAAGGUGUUACAAGAUAAUUUGGUUUUAGGUCAACUGAGUUGAUAAUUUAAAUUGGUCACCCUAAAGAGUUUCUAAAGCUGACGAAGGGCUAACGCUCGAAACGUCAGCUUUAGCAAUUUACAUUAUUAACUCAGUUGAUAAAACCAAAUUAUCUAGUAUUCGCAUGGGCGAGAAUCGCUUGGCGAUCAACAAUGUGUAUUUAUCUAUUGAUUUUGCAGCCAGAAACAUGUGGAUUCCAUGUCUCUGACUUACGAAAAGCCUUAUUGUCGUAUUUCACCGUAUCUUGUUGGCAUGGUAACUGGCUACUUACUUCUUCACGCGAAGGACUGGAGACUUCCUAGCAAGGUACGUAAUUGGCAAUCUCGUCACAUACAUGUUGAUGGGCAAUUCACUAGAAGAACAGUCAGAGUUGUGUUUCCGUUGCUAGUUGAGGUCAGUUUGCUGGCCUGUUUCAGUCAGCUAGUCAGUCGGGCAGCUAGUCGUAAGUCAGUUAGUCAGUUAGUCAGUUAGUCAGUCAGUCAGUCAGUCAGUCUGUUAGUUCGCCAGUCAGUCAGUUAGCCAGUCAGCCAGUCUGCCAGUCUGCCAGUCAGUCAGUCAGCCAGUCAGUCAGUUAGUCAGUCAGUUAGUCAGUCAAUCAGUCAAUCAUUCAGUAAGCCAAUCAGUCAGGUGGUCAUUCAGUCAGUCAGUUAGUCAGUCAGUCUGUCUUUCACACACACACACACAACCCAAAAUCCCUCUAUUCGCUCUGACGAAGGGCUCAUGGGCGAACGUCAGUUUUGAAGCUCUUUACAGAGGCCAAUAACAUUAUUAACCACGUUGAUUAAAACCAAAUUAUGUUGUCUGUUUUUUGUGUCUAUCCCUUUGUCUGUUCUGUCUGUCAGUGUAUUUGUCUGGCUGUGUGUUGGUUUGUAUAUAUCUCCUACUGUCGGUCUGCAUGUCUCUCUCCAUGGCUCUUUAUUUAUCUGCCAAGGAGUGAUUAACCAGUAACUUCUUCCAAAAAAACUACUUCAGGUGGGUUUAAGAAAUACGAUCAUCUUAUCACUCAGAAGGUGAUGUUUUGUUGUGGUACGAAAUUCUUCUUGCCAUGUACAGCAGCUGAAAGCCGGGAGAGUUACAGACUAGGUCUGACUAGGUUCAUAAGGAUGGUCCCCUGGUCCCCUGGUCCCCUGGUCCCCAAAAAAAAAAAAAAAAAAAAAAAAAAAAAAAACGUUGUUAGACUCCCAGGAUACAAAGUUGAUUCCUGACUGUUAUAAAAUUUAUUGAAGGUUCAGACGUACUUGAUCAACAUGGCUGGCUGGUGUGUUGCUAUCGCUCUCGCUCUGUCUACUCUGUAUGGUCAGUACAAAGUCACCAGGAAAGAUAAUCCCGUGCCAUUCUCUCGCGCUGAGAAUAUCAUAUACGGGACUUUCUCAAGGUUUGCAUGGAGCCUUGCACUAGCCUGGGUGAUUUUUGCUUGCCAUAAUGGGCUUGGAGGUACGUCUUGAUUGAUAACUGGCUGAGUGUCAAAGGAAGUGCAGAAAUUACAAUAGAUUUUAAAAUACCAGCUCAGUAUAUAAUCACCUCGGUUCUCAAGGGUCUUUUCGAUAACUAACUUCGCCCCUAUUUUCUACUGUAAUUUAAUUCUGUUUGCAACGUUAUGAGAAGGAUGAUAGAACUCAGAGAGUAUUUGUGCUCAUUGGGAGAUCGUUUUAAGGGACCUAGUCAAGGUUUUGAAGAAUCAUUUUACAAUGCUAAAUGAACUGUUCAUUAUUAACUUUAGUCAAGGAUCUGUCUGUAAAAAAAACCUGCUGGAUUACAGAAGUAGUCCAAUUCCUGUAAAUGGCAAGUCCAGUAGUGUGAGGCUUAUUUUUGUCUAGUGCAGAACAGCCUAGAUUUAGUCAAGUAUCCUGUAUAAACGACAGGUCUCUAAGUGACCUUGGAAUGCAGGGAUUAAUCCGUGUACAGGUGACAAUUCAUUCAUAGUUUUGUACAAAAAUAAACAAUCUUCCCCUCCCGGGUGAUCGAAGGUCUAAAGGGACAGUUGGUGUUACUUAAGGUCACUGAGAUGUGACCUUAACAGUUUGCAUGCCUGGCUAUCGAGCCAACGAUUUCAGGUGAUUUUUAUGGUCAUAUCUAGCGUAUCUUUCAAUGUUGCAUUGAAAAACAAUUUUUUUUGGUUUGUUUCUGUUGCAAGGUUUGGUGAAUAAAUUCCUGUCGGCUCGAUUCUGGAUUCCACUGGGCCGGCUGACGUACUGUGCCUAUCUGGUUCACCCCAUCAUCAUCUUCGCUUUGUUUCAGUCCUUUGAGACUGUUCGGGCAUAUUCUGAUGUGCAUAUGGUAAGUGGGUCAUCUAGUACAUCUUAAUUCUACAGUGAGCCAGGAAAAAUGUCAGAGAAAUUUUAGGUGAGGGACAACACCGACAUUGGGUGAAAACGCUGGCAUCAUAACGAUAAGAAGCUCGCGCUUUUGACCCCCCAAAAAUCGGCAGGUAUAUAUUUAUCAUCCUAAUGGCUAGUUGUGAAAAAUGUAACAAUUUUUAUUUGAGUGUCCAAAGCAAUCAGGGAUUGCUUUGGCCUGCUUUACUUUGCUUUGUGAUUAGUCGAGAAUCUCGCGCCACCUUCUUAACCAAAAAGCGGAUCCGUUACUGAAACCACUUUCGACUUGGUUACCCGCGUUUUCCCGCGCUUUAGGUAGUUUUCUUGGCUGCUUGCGAUAUUUUCCUUCUUCUGAUAAUAAUAAUAAUAAUAAUAACUUUAUUUAAGUGUCAGUGUAUUUUAGCACUGCUGUGCUAAUUGGGGACACUGUAAAUAAGGAAACAAAUAUCGUAAAUGAACAGAAACUCGUUAAAAACCCCAACUGGUAGGAGGCAGACCAGUUGGCUAUUUACAAAGCGUGCAGGAGUUGAAUUCGGGGCCACCGAAGACAAAUCCAUCCAGUGGAGGACUUGAACCCGGGACCUCCGGCUUACAAGUGCAGCGCCCUAACCACUAGGCCACGCUCGCCUCCUUUUUGAUUGACUCAUUUGACUCAUUUGAUUACGUUCAACUUGGUUUUGGUUUUACGACACUCAAUCGAAAAGCGCUCCAUAUGAAAAAUGAAACCUUGUAGCGAACACUUUAUGUUAUCUCUUGGAAGCUACGUUUAUAUUAGCUUUCCAUUCCAGCAAAAAUAAUUUUGACCAUGGACCCGAGAAGCAUAGUGGCUGUCGCCUUUUCCGGGGUAAUGUCUUAAGGUUUGUAGGUGUGAGAAUAACUGUCUUUGUUUGGUCUCUAGGCAUUCUUUUAUGUCGGUGUACUUGGCAUUUCGUAUGCAGUGGCCUUUAUUGUGUCAGUGUGUGUGGAAUAUCCCAUGAUGCAGUUGGAGAAGUUUAUAUUCAAAGGCGACAACUGAGCUCAGAUGUCAUUCACGAUUUACAUUCAUUCCUUGACCAGAACCAAAGCACUUUCUGUAGAAGUUCGGUCUAACAACAGAGUCUAAUUUUGGAAAAUAUUGCACUCGCAUGCAGCACCAAGCAGUGGGAAUAGGGGCUUUUUCUCAAGACUUUGAAUCUUUGAACAAUCUUGAACUGCAGUUGUAAUGUGGGGGGGAUUAGCGAAGGGAAUUUUCAUAAGUGAUAAUUAUUUGCGUGAUAUCUAGCUGCCUGAGUUUUCUUUAUAUUCCAAAGUGAAGUCAAAGUUUGCUUCAACAAUUUAAUCGAUUACAAAUUGUAAGGCUGAUUUUAUGAGUCUAUGAACACGUUUUUGAUCAGUUGUUUUUUAUUUUUUGACCAGUAGUAUCUUCUUGUCGGAAUUUUCCACUUAUUUCAGACUUACUUCGAAUUUUCUAACGACUGAAGAUUGCAACGAAGAUCAAUUUUAGCGUUUUAUCUGUACGUGGCUAACAUAUGUAAACUUGCCUAUGUUUUUUUAUAACUAGCAAAGCUGGCUCUUAUGGGUGAAGUCGAGCUGCGGCGCCCUAAAAAUGAGUGGUGACACUGUUAGUAGUGACACCGUUAUCAUGAAUCCACAACGUUUAUAUUUAAAAAUGCUUGCAACGCAGGAGUGUUGACAGGAGCUUUUUCCAGGCCCUUAAUUUUAAACUGAGAGGUAAUUCUUAUGCCUUAAGGCACAUUUGAUAUAUUCUUGAAAAAUAUCCAUUUGAAUCAUACAUUUAAAAUCUUUUCAUUCGCGAAAUUCGCCGUCGUCGUCGUCGUCCAAGCUGCAGUAACUUGUUUCAGUCACAGAGUGGUAGCUAUUUCUAAUUUUAUUGUUACUAUUUCAUUCCUAACAACUCAUUAUAUAGUGUGUGAAAGAUCAGUGUGUCAAACCUCUUCAUUAAACAAUAUGCAAUUAUUAGAAUUGAAACUGAAUAAAGUUGCAUGCUUAAAAACCAGCUGAUAUGACACAAUUCAAGUUAUGCACCACACAACCGUGUCAAACAUGACAAGACCAUGGUGUACUGUUGGGAUUUAUCAAAAUGGAG